AUGGUGGAAACCGAACUUCGGUCCUCCCUGCCCGGGCAGAGCCUGCUGGUCCCAUGCGACCGGCAACUGAAGAUGGGCUCCCAGGGCCUCUGCGUCUCCUCACUGGUCUGCGAUGUCAAGAGCCAGGGCAACACUCAGGAGAUGUCCUUGGACGGUACAUCGAAAUUUGAGAAGCUCCUGGACAAGUCGGAAGGCCUCCCUGGCCGGCCGGCCAAGCUAGAGCAGUCUUUGGCGGCAACUUCCAAGCUGCUGCCGAACAUUCUUGAGGAUGCUGCUGAAGAUCCUGGUGCGACAGAGGUGCUGCAGAAAACAGUGAAGCUGCAGCCGAGUCGGUCGCCUCCAGGCACAUUGAAGGAGGCCUUGGCAGUGCUGAAGGAAGCAGCUGCUAGUGUUCAGCGUGCAGAGGUGACUGCACUCAAAGUUGAAGAAGGGCCGACAAAGACUCUGAAAGAAAAGGUGGACGGCGAGGCAGUGAGCCCGGACGUUGACUUGGACAACUCUUUGAUGGAAGCAUCGAAGGUUGACGAGCCAUCAGCCUCUCUGCAUGGUUCUGCAGCACUUCUGGAAGCCGAGGUGGCGGAGCUGCGAGCCCUCCUCGAAACAGCAAUUCAGGACUCUGGCUACGACGAGGUGGCCCCGGAGGAUGAACGCACAGUCAAGUUCGAGGGCACAGUUGACAUAGCAAAUGUGCGACAGUGGGCCGAGACGUUCCGCAAGUUUGGGGUGGUUUUGAUGCUAGUGUCUGGACCUGAUGAAGGGCCCUGGGAAUUUGUUGCCAUUGAGACGGAGCAGGGCUUCCUCGCCAAGUUCCUGGGCCAUGCAGCCGCCGGCACAUUGCCGAAAUGUGUGUGUUGCGUGUUGAGGGUGCGCCAGGCUCCUGCGGGUCGUGUGCUCGUCAUGGCCAAGGCAAGUGGAGGCCGGGACGUGAGGGAAGUCAUAAGCGGCUGGGAUGUUGUGAGCCACGUUCUGGCGUAUACGGCGGUGCGACUGGUGUGGCUGGAUGUUCUUCCAGGAGCUUACCUUUUCUUAGUUGAGGAGGCAGCUGGCUGGGCUGCAGACAUCAAUGAAGUGUUCGCCACGCAGAUUCUAGUGGCUUUCCAACACGAGGAAGUGGAGGUGACACUUUGGCCCGUGGCUUCUGCUCCCUCUGCACUGGAGUCGGCAUUGACUAGCUUUCCAGCAGAUCUGACAGCUGCUCUAAGAGUCGAUGCUUCUGAUGACGAGCAGGCCAGGCCAUAUAAGGUGGUGCUGUGCCACUACUACGAGAGUGGCUGGUGCAAGUAUGGUGACCGUUGCACAUAUGCUCACGGUCCGGAGCAGCUGAGACUACCAUCAAAGGCUGAGGCAGGAAGGGAGCCAUGCGCGUACUGGCGCUCUGGUGGCCACUGCAGCAAUGGCAGCUGCUGCCCAUUCAUGCACGAGGCUCCGGGCGCUUGGCCGACGGACAGCUGGCUAUGA